AACCAGCUUCCCAAUCAGCUCGCGAGGGGACUGCGCGCUCCCUCCCGCGCCCCGCCGCGUCCGCUCCUGCCCGCGCCUCCCAUCCCUCCCUUUCUUCAUUUCCUUUCCGUUCCCUCCCUGCCUGGGCGUAGCUGAGGCGAAGGCUGGAUCAGGUUCCCCCGCCUUCCAGCCCGAAAACCCCGCCGAGGGAGCCGCCGAGCGGAGGCAGAGCCCGAGGGGAGCGAGGGGAAGAAAGACCCGCGAGCCGCCGUCCGGGAGGGGUGCAGCAGCCGCGGCGCGGGCAGCAGCGAUCGGCACCUGGCCCGCACGGGAGACCUCGCCCCUGCAACAAAGGCAGCCCGGGCGCGCGCCGCACGCUUGCAACUCUAAAAUGCAGCCCCAACAGUCCCAGCAGCAGCGUCGAAAAUUUGCAGCUGCCUUCUUGGCAUUCAUUUUCAUUUUGGCAGCUGUGGACUCUGCUGAAGCAGGAAAAAAAGAGAAACCAGAAAAAAAAGUAAAGAAGUCUGACUGUGGAGAAUGGCAGUGGAGCGUGUGUGUGCCCACCAGUGGGGACUGUGGGCUGGGCACCCGCGAGGGCACCCGCACUGGAGCAGAGUGCAAGCAAACCAUGAAGACCCAGAGAUGUAAGAUCCCCUGCAACUGGAAAAAGCAAUUUGGAGCGGAGUGCAAGUAUCAAUUCCAGGCCUGGGGAGAAUGUGACCUGAAUACCGCCUUGAAGACCAGAACUGGGAGUCUGAAGCGAGCCCUCCAUAAUGCUGAAUGUCAGAAGACAGUUACCAUCUCCAAGCCCUGUGGCAAACUGACUAAGCCCAAACCUCAAGCAGAAUCUAAGAAGAAGAAAAAGGAAGGCAAGAAACAGGAGAAAUUGCUGGACUAAAGGAUGCCAUCUUCUGCGAAAAAUGAAACGGACAUCAGCAGACAGGACCAGUUAACUAUUGCAUUUAUACCUACCAUAGGCUUUUUAUUCAGAAAUACCCAUAGCUUAAGUACAAAAUAGGCAGAAAAAAAAAGAAAGAAAAUUUUUUGUAGUAGCAUUUUUUAAAUGUAUACCAUAGUACCAUUAGAGGCUUAUAAUACAGGACUGUAAUCCUACUUAGAAAGUUACUUAUAGUAUCUGAUAAAUGAUAGCAAAUUGAGGUAAGUUUUUUUGAAGUUAUGUGAUAUUUUACAUUUAAAGUCUUUCUUUUUUACACUUUUUCCCCCUUUUGGCAGUCAUUUAAAUGUUAUGAUCAUGUAAACUACUUCUCUUGUUAGGUAAUUUUUUCACCUAGACUUUUUUUCCCAGUUGAGAAAAAUAUAUACUAAACAAAA